ACCGGCGUCCGUCAGUCGCCUGUUGCUAGGCCUGCAAGCAGCGGGGUUGAGACUUGGCCGCCUCGCCGCUGGGGCGGCGGUGCUUCGUCCCACCUUUAUUUUUGUUGGUCCUUCCUUUCGUUUUUCCUAUUUGACUUCAUUUUCUUGGGGCGUCACCGAACGUCCGUUUCCCAAUCUCAAGCGACGUCGCCCACGAUAUUUUGUGCAUCACUCUCCAGCAAGUGAGAAUGCAAAAACAGUUCGACCGGUGAAAGCUGCUUCUGCUACGGCGGCUGGUACCGGCGUGCAUCGUCUGCUACGGCGGCUGGUACCGGCGUGUAUCGUCUGCUACAACUUUGUGCGCGCGUCGUCUGCUUCGAGCCAACGGAAGGAAAAAAAGCCGUAGAAUAGCACGUCGCAUGCGAGGAGACCGGGAAAAAGCUUUCUCCCGAACUGGUGACGUAACCAAGGGUGGUGUGACCUGAGAUCCUCGUGCGGGCGCGGUGAGUGGUUUUCGUGCGUGCGCGUCCUCGUGAUCGGCGUUGUUUUCGAUGUCGCAGUAGCUGUAUCUGGAAACGACGCCAACUGUUCUUUGCGUGUGUUCUGGGUGUUUGCUGAUCCGUAAAGUUGCGCGGCGAAGAAAUCAACCAAUCCCAGACGGCCGGUGCAAAGUGGUAACGCAGUGAUUCUCGAUCCGAUUGAAGUGGUGCGCGAAAACAAAAGAAAAAGAAAUAUACACAUAGUUGUAGUGCGCGGUUCGGUCGGGUGUGGAUUACAGCACCGGAUUUCCUUGCGAGUCAAGAGCGAGAAGAGGCAUCCGAAAGACGUCGGCGACCUUUCGUUAGUGCAGCUGGUGGAAUCUCACUGCAACUGAGCCACGUGACUUGCCAUCUACAGUCUUGCGCUGGGAACGAGGGCUUGGGAGCACGGUGAUCGCCACUAUGUCGUCAAUCCCAGCUAGCCAAGCGUCCAUUUCGACGACGCGUGAGGGAGCCUGACGUCAGCGGAGAUUCCGCCCAAAGGACCUGGGUGCGUGGCCUGCUGUGACGCCGUCUGCCGCCCUCUGUCGCUGUAUCGGCGAACCACCAGAGAGAGGAGGCUGAGGGAGAAGCGGAUCGCAGUGGCCGACACCGAGUGGGCCGAGCCGUGGGUUGCCCAGAGGGCGUCUUCCUGUUUGUCCUGGACGCUGCGAUGGUCUUGGGGUUCUGCGGCCAGGCUCGCUGAUGGCCCGUUCGCAUGGCGGGCUUCACGAAGCACCUCAGCACGCACGUCUACUUCCACAUGGACCGGACGGGCGCGUCAUCUUCGUCGUCCGCAGCGGCCCCGGCGAGCAGCAGCAUGACCGGCAAGAAGCCCUCGGGCAGCCCGCGACUGCACGGCACGGACUCGGGGGCGGCGCCCGCCUCGCGCCGGUCGCGAGACACCGCCACCCGGACGCGAACGAGGAGCGAGGCCACCGAACCGUGCAUCAUGCCCUCCUCCGUGGCGCCGUCCCGCUACGACCCGACGAGUGCGGACUGGGACGAGUUCGACUACUUCUGCCAGAGCCCCUACCUGCUGUCCGUGAGCGAGCCACCUCCGACCAGGGAACGGUUCAAGCGGCGUCUGUUCCGCCGCUCGCAGAAGUACUCCGACCCGCCGUCCGCGGGGCCUGGAUCCCAGAGACACCUCGACCAGCCGCCGCCACAAAUGAGCGCCGAGAGACUACGGUGCAGCAGCCGGAGUACCGAGACAAUGCUCGACUGGCAGCAGCCCGGGUCGGCGGCCAGGCGCCAGGGUUCGAGCCGGCGCUCUCCCGCCGCGCCCGCUUCGUCCGGGUCCAUCGUCCCGGGCUCGCAGCGGUCCCUGCUAAGCGACCCCGACGAAGACGAGUUCGGAGCCGCCGACGAGCCUGCGUCGCCGCCAGCUGCCGCCGCCGCUCCCGCGGGCACCGCCGCCCUACGAGCGACAGCAACAGCAGCAGCAGCAGAUGCCCGACUGCGUCAUCAUUUCCUCGCGGACCAUGGACCGUUUCCUGCCCUCCUUCGGACAGGACGUGUGCGAAAGCGGCCAGUUCGGAGGCUCGGCGGGCAGCGGCGGCACGACGUCGCCCCGCCUGUCUUCCUCGGUCGGCUCGGUGUCCGUGGAGGUGUCCGAGACGACCAACCGCAUCGUGGUGGACUUCUGCGAGAACGCGGGCUUCACGUGCCACGACCGCCCUCGCCCACCACGGAGCUGUCGCCCAUGCCUCGCGACUGGAUCGCCAUGCAGCUGGGAAGGCAGCGGCAGGCAUUCGCCUGGCUGCAGCAGUCCUCCUCCUCCCGAUGCGUGCUCGAGGGGCUGCUGCUGAUGAACGUCGAGAGGAACAGUCAGUUCCCGUUCGUGACCUACCUGGUGUGCGACGCGGCACGUUGCGACCCGCUGCGGCUAAUCAUGCAAAUGGAGAGCCACCACGAUGCUGGUCCCGAGGGAGAACGGCUACACCACACAGCCGUUUACGACGAAGUGGCCACCAUCGCCAGGCCUCCCGUGGACGGGGUGCCGCGGAAGCCAAGCUCGAGCAAGACAGGCUACAUCCUCUCGGCCUUCCGGGUCUUUCCAGGCGAGGACCGAGAGAAGCUCGACCGAUCCUGGCUGCUGUGGACGGGCGCGCGCCAGAUCUACCGGCGCCUCCCUCCACACCUCGGCCUGCGCCGCAUCACCUUCCACAAGAAGAUCUGCCCGCAGGACCACGGCAUCACGUACGUGCUACUCUGCGAGUGCCCGACGCUCAUGGACUACGUUUCCGAGGCGUGCGUGCUCGUCGACCAGCUACGGGCACGGUGCUGCGGGUACACGGCCCUAUACAGGGUUGUCGACUCGUUCUGAAGGACAACGGCGACGCUGUCUGCGGUGACACGUACGCGGGUAUUGAGACCUGCUCUGCCUGUGGCGGCUAAAGUGGAUCUCCUAUUCUGGCAGCGGCUAUGAAAAAAAAAAAGCUGCCGAGUGCUGAAUGUGCAUUCAUCGCCUUCUGCGGGAGAUUUCGACCAUCGGACUGGAAGCGAGAUUGUCAUCAUCGCCUCCGUUCAGCUAAUGGGGGAAGGGGGGAGGAAAACACCGACAACGCAGCCUCUGAAGAAUUGUUGGAAAGAAUGAACUGAUUCUGUGGACUCGAGCCGCUGCAGGUGCCUUGCGGAAACUUUGUUCACAAGAAAUUGCGAUUUCAACCUAAAAUGCCCGAAUGACGGUUACUUUGAAAUCCCCGAAUGUUUUCGCUAUGUGGGGAUAUUUGCGAUCGCAGUAGAAAUAUGAGCAGGAUACGUUUGCGGGGCAUAUGCUGCAGUACACGUUGAAAAUUCUUAAAGAGUUUCUUUUCUAUGUCAGGCGAUAUAGCUGUCGAUGUAAAAUUAAGACAUGGCAGCGAACGGUGUAAAUCCAUAGCCUGACAGCAAAGCUGCCUUAUGAAAGUACGGGCCAAGCAGGUAUCUCCGAGGCAGCUGUCGCUUGUUCUCAUGUUGGUGUAAGUUUAAAUGACAGUGAAUGCAACAUCGGCGUAUCCACGAAAGUUCCGCCUGCCUGUAAUGUCUGCGAAGCCUCAACCUCGGACUAACACGUGAGCUGUCGAAAUUAGCUACUGUUUGGUCGUUCGAUGAAAUGCGGCAAUAAAGCCACUAAAUCGCGUUAAAAAUGACGGUCUAUGAUGAUUCUACGAGAAUGUUCUAACGUAGUUGCGAAUACAGUGACGUUCCACAGUGCAGGCGUUAUUAAGGAAGUGGCAUAAGCAUUUACACUUCACAAACGAAAGCACAGACUGGGGCGAAAUGCAUAUAGGGCGUCAUUGCAGUUACUCUUUUAAGCACCUCUUUCGGUUUGCUCCGGCACCAGCGAGUGCCAUGGACUUUGUCCUCUUGACUGCGUUUGACAUAUUUCUAGAUGCCUGCUUUUUCUAUCGAUUGAAGCGCAAACGGUUCACGGGAUCAGUGCCAACACAUGAACUGCAGUGUGCGUUCAUCCUGUUACGAAUCUCAUGCUUGUGCAAAGCUGUGUAAGUUUGAACCAAAGGCUAUUGCAGCCACAACGUGGGUGCCUUCUGCAUGUUGCCUCAAUGUAACGGGCCCUAAUCCUUGUUGAAAAAUGUGCACUACAUCCCUCUGACGUAGCGAUAGAUUCAUUGGGAGUAGCUUAUGGUCACGCGUUGUGUGUUUUAUUUGCACAUUUUGUUGUUUUUCUUUUUAGAUAUGGCGUGACCAUUGGAAAUGCUGGUUUAUUAUUUUCUUUCAUGAAUGCUACUUCAUUGUUCGCACUGACUUCAAACGGCACGACAAAUAAGAAAGUCCUGUAAGAAUAUAACAUCCAUAGAAGAAACCGGAAUUUAUCUACACGAAACCUGCUUAUAAGAACCUCGUUUGAGUUUUGCGUUAUUAUGACGUGCACUAGUACUGUCUAGACGUGACCAAUGUGACAGGACUUUUAUUACUGUGUGCGAUGUUAAUCGAACGACUUGCGCUCACCGAAAUAUAAGUGAGUGUUUUAUUGUUACAAAUAUAAAUAAUCACAUGCAUUCACACCGAAAAUGCUCAGGGUUAGAUGAUUUGAGAAUGCAUGUAAAUGCUUGCAAAUGUAAGCCUAAUACUCGUGAUUCAAAUGUCUCGCAAACCACCGAGGGCCACAAAAUAAUAAAACAUCGUCAUAUUACGUCACAACGUACAGUGGUGUAUCUCCUUCGUAAAACGACACAGUCAAUAAAAAUUGCAGCAAGCCUGCUUUCUGCUCACCUCAUAAAGUCUAGGUGCCUGACUAAUCGUAGGUUUUGUUGAGUCCCUGUAACAAUCCCAUUCUUAACACAUAACGCUUUUGUCACAACUCUUUAACUACAAAGAUUACUGACUGAACUAGCGAAUGCGCCCUCCAUAUGUACACUGAACCGCGUAUUUGUCAAGAGGAAGUAACUGAGCUGAGAUGUUAUUCGUGUCCUUAAGAGGAACAAUAAUCAUAGCAGAACAACCUUUUCUUGACAACUGGCCUUAUUGUGGCUCUCUUGGGCAGCAAAUUUCGACAGGUUCAGUUAUGAAUAAAUCCACACCAAAGAAAAGCUACAUGCAAAUUCAUUAUGCUGCUAUCUCACCCAGAACCAUCUAUCAGUAGUAAAGCACGCUUUGGUUUGCCGUAAUUUUUGCGACUUUCAUAAGAAGACACAGAUCGUGUUAAUGUACUACACGAUGCUGUCGGACAUGUUGUAUAGUAGCCUAUUGUUCAUAAUUGUUCACAUGGUUGUGAAAAAUCAUUUUCAUUUGUUUUCGCGUUAAGGACUGAAAGCUGAACUAAUCGAUGUUGGUUCACACUGGUAUAAUGCCGCCAAAGGAACAAAACGAAGAUGGAUAACGACACACUGGACACCCGAGUUCAGAGUCGGCACUUAUGUCCUGCGUGUCUUUAUCGGUCUUCGCUUGCUUUCAGUGGUGCCACUACACCAGUAUAGUUAUAGCAUAACAUCAAAAGCAUCAAGUGAAAAAAAUAAUGCUCCCUUCGACCCAGUGUGCAUGGGUAACGUUGGACAACCCUGCCGGUGUUAGGAAGGGUGAGCUAAGCGAGAAAGCUCGAAGUUGAAGAAACCUAGACAGAAGGGUAUAAUUAGCAAGCCUAAGUUCCUUCUGAUGCUAAUGUUUAGAAAUGCCUGCUUGUAGAGAAAAGUAUUUAGGUUUUUCCUAAGGAUGCUAUCAAGACAUUUACUUGCCUGAAAAUAUGAAUCACCGUAGUUAUAAUAUUUUUUGCAGAAAUAUUCUACUUUUCAGGUGAUGAGAAUAGGAAUGAUUAUGACGUUCUUAUCGGUAGAUAUGUGAGGUUUCACUAACAUAAACCUGAAGAAGGACAUUCAAUUUACACUAGCCACAUACCUCAAGACAGGAUGAGAUCAAUGUUAGGCGGGCACUUAUGUUCGGCCUCCAUAGUCAACAGGAAGAAUUCAACCAUAUUAAACUGGUUUAGUUUCCUCCGAGGCUUAGUCAACUCCUACAAGUAACAUAGCAUGUUAUCAGCUAAUAGCGGCCUGGAUGCCGGCACUCUUCCGCAGUGCUCACUGAGAAGUAGCUGAGGCCCGAGACGGCGCACAAGGAUAAGGAAUGUGCUGCGAUAAAUGUUCCUAGUAUGUACUACAUCUUUCUUGAGUUGAUGUCUUUUACGUUGUACAGUAUGCACGUAGAAUGUUACCGUUGCAGAUACGUCGUUCUUUGCUAUGCUAAAUCAGUGCUUGGCGUUCCCCGAAGCUUCAUCUAAGAACGUAGGCGGCACCAUAAAGUACACGCUUUCAAGAAACAGAAGCCUGUAGAGCCUCUAUAGUGAGCCUUGGGCAUCUGCGCAUCGUAAUAUAGCGGCAAUUUGCACGUGGAACCCUUUGUGUAGCUCUGGCUUAGCACAUUUCCUAUAACCUCGCUCUGAGCUUCAUCACCUACUAGUCAGUAUAUAGGGCAGAGCUGCAGUAUUGUAUACCCCCACAAAUAACGUAGUGGCUCAUUUAUACACAGUUCGCUAAUUGUAGUAGAAUGCAGUGUGGGGUGCAAAUGAAUCACUGGUAGUAAAAUGUACUUAACAAUUCGGCAUAUUUGAGAGAGAAAAAAACAGCUGCAUCUUCUAGCAGUACAAAAGUGUUUUCCGAAUGAGUUGUUUUGCUCCUAUGGUGGUUGCUUACAUAACACUCUAACAUAGAGACAAAUUAGGUAAUAUUACGAAAUAUAAAUGUGGAACUGAGUGCAAAGAUUAAGUCUAGAUGUUUCCGGUACAGGUAAACUGGUGCAGCUCUGCCACUCCAAGCAAUCCCACUCCUCGCUUUUUGACAUCCCUGUGUACACGAUGUAUCUGGGAUCGGACAAACAACACGCAAAUCGCACGCACCAACUGUGUCCCCUAACAUUCUGUCAGCUUGUAGCAUCUCUUUGUGUGAAUAUUUACUUUACAUCCCACUGUAUAAGCUUGUAUAUUGCAGUGUUUAAACGUCACCACCAGGUCCUUCAUUUGCAGUUGAAACGACAAGCGCAACCUUGAUUUUUUAUCCUAAUCCAAUAAACGUGCCUCUUAAGCUACGCAGUGUCUGCGAUAUUCCAUAACCGGGGAUUUUGAACUUUUGCUAAAGUGGACAUUUGGGUAUUAACAGCUGCUCCAAAUUAUUUCCUCAGUAGAGCACCCAAUAUUUAAUAAUGACCAGAAGCUGGUAACGUCAUAAUACAUGGAGGACCACUUAAAUUAAUGACUGCAAACACACAAUAAAUGCAGAGUGACAGCGUGCACUGGUGCAUUUACGUGUUUACAGGUUUCGCACUAUGCAACGAAAGCUGAUCUUAACUACGAAACGCCUCAAACUUUUAUAGAGUUUAUGCGGUUUAUAGAACACGCGAGUAUGAAACGUAGCUCUAAAAAUAGCGUAGUUUGACUUGUGGAAGGCAAACUGCAUGACAGUUUCAUUGAAACGGGUGACGUAUCGUGAGGGAGCAUCACCGAAUACUUCUUCUUGAGAAAAUUGAUGAAGUGUGUGCGCGCGAUGAACGCAAAAAAACUACAUUUCACGAAUUGUACAACCAAGGCAUUUCCUCAAUGUAUAUCUUCAUUUUGAAACUAUUACACAAUAUAAACCGAUAAUUUCGAAUGCGGAAAUAAACAUAUUGGCGAUUCCUAACGACUGUCCCAUGAUCAGUUUUUCAAAGUAAUGGAAGUUAUCUCGGGCCAGAUUCAUAAAGCUUUUCUUUCGUAAGUUCGUUUUGCCAUUCUGGCCGCCUUCGCUGGCAUCCGGAUUAGCUAAAAUUGUUCCUUACGAAGCAUUCUAGCGUAAAAAAUUUUUGUGACUUCGUCCCAUGAAUUGUUGACCGCACUUAUCAUUUUUUUUUCAAUUCCGGUUGUUUACCAGCCGCAAGCCAAAAGCACAAUUCAUUUGGUGCGUGUUAUGGCGCUGUCGGUUCAUAAGUAAGUUUGCAUGGCUGUCUAGGCUAUAAUUUGUUAAAAAAUUAAUAUAUAACUUCGAGGCGCGAGCGCAGGACGCAUUUUCUUUCUUCUACAUGAAAACUGACUUGCAUGUUCUUUUUAUGUAUGCAGAUCAACCAGCAGUGCAUGCUCACCUAAUUAAAUUACGGUGCGGUUAUCUCGAUUUAUCGGCAGGCAAAAGCUCAAGAAUAAAUGUCAACAGCCAAUAACAUAUUCCUGAAAAGUUCAGAUCUCGUUUUCGUUUUUUUUCGUUUAUGUAGUCAAUUUGAUGUGAUGGCACGCCAUGUUCAUAUCUCGAAAUUCUAUGUGGCAUAUGUUUAGUAGUGAGCUCUUAGACUUAACGCGAUGAGAAAUCAUUUAUAUGUUUAAAUUUAAAAACUCCCACUAAAUACUUAUGAAUGCGCUUGUUUAUCAAGAUUUUGUUGUUUGAUUCUUGUAUUUUUUUCUUUCCUGAGGACGCUCGUUUUCACAUAGUUAUUAGUUCAAUGUCACACCGUUUAAUGAAAAUAUAACAACAUUUUAUUUUAGUGAAAGUGCUUAAAACAAUGAGGAUGUGCAAAAGCAUAGAAAUACGAAGACAUACAAUCCCCGAAGAAGGUAAUUCUUUCCCAAACAUUUUGCUGCUUCUUAUAGCUACUACAAUUAUUUUUAUAAUUUGUAGGUUAUCUUUGACAAGUAAAAGUUUGUGUCACGCGCCUGUGUAGUUCUGAAAAGGAAGCGUACUGGGUGUACAUAAAGCAGUGCAUGUGAAUCUGUGAAGUACGUUCUUGGGGUGUGCAACAUGCGUAGACGUUCAUCGUCGAUUUGCAAUGGUAUUGAGCUUAUUCCCUAACUGCUGUCAAUAUACUAACUACAGUAUGCUACAAUGUGCUGCGUUAACAGUAAACGAUUUCACAGUAAGUUGGUUUGAGAUACAAGAAGAAAAUUUGCAGAACGAAAAAGGAAGACUAUGUCUUGCUGAGUACCUUGCGCUCUAUGUGCCCAUGUGUCAUGUCUUAUUUUAAAGCUGGCAACGUAUUCUCUUUCACUCAGGGAAGACAUAUUGAACGCCAAUAGUGACACCCAUGUGGUGGCAAUCAUUUUUUUAUAUCGCUUGGCGUCGUUUUAUAACUCCAAAGGCUGCAUUCGUGCUUGCAUGGCCACCCCAUCUGAACGAGACUAGUAUAGUAUAGGUGGAAUAUAAACAACGCUAGAGCAUUGCGAUGUUUGUUUUCUCUGCGAGCAGUGCAUUGUUACAGAUGACUCGUACUGUCUUGCAUAAAUACUUGCGCGAUAGGAGUGCUCAAUGUAUCGCUUGGCAUGCUUUUGGAUAUUAGUGAGUAACAGGCGAAAUUCCAAAAUGUGAAGACGUUUGUGUCAAACUUUUAUCAGGCUGGUAGAACCGGGUACUUCUUUUUAAUGAUAAAUAAAUUAAACAAACAUUGGCUGUGCCAUAUAUGUCGUGAUUGAGCUGGAUGAGUCAUUACGUGCAAAAGAAAUAAAAAUGCAUAAAAACUAGUCUGCAAAAUUUCACUAAGCGUUUUUGAACUAAGCAGUUUAACGCACAUAUUGCAAUUUACGAAUAUAAGCCAGUGGUUUCACAAGGCUCAACCACUUGUAAAAGUGAAACUAGCGGCUGUGUUAAGAUACGCGCUAUGAAAGUUGUGGUAAAAAAUUAACUACUGUUCCACCUGCUGUUUUACUAAAACAAAUUUUCAUGCAUUGAAGCUAAAAAUUAUCUGGCACACCAAUCCCUCUCGUCGCACACUUUGGGAACGUAUAUCUCGAAACUGUUUUCACCCUCAGAAUUGGUUUUACGGUGUUACCACUUGCGAGCUCACCCACUACAAUUCGUAAAAUGCAAUAUCUGUCGCAAAGUAUUUAUGUUGAAAGGUAAUAAGAGAGAUUUCGGUAAUUAUUCAAAUAUGCAUUUCAAUUUCUGGUGAAAACAAUGUGUUCCCUUUGAGUAAAGUGCUGAAGAAAUAUAGAGUAAUGCUACGUGCAACAGUAAAUUUUCAGAACUCCACUAACAACUUCAAAAAAAAAACCUAAUGGCUGGCUUGGUAUAGGCAGGAUUUCCAGCCAAAUAUCUUAUCAAGGCUAUGUGUAAAACAGGGGCACGAAAGAUAGAAAACGCCCAUGUAGAGAAACAUCCGUGUGCACUUUAGUGCACAAGAGAUUGGUUAGAGGUCAAAGAAAAAGAGCAGCAGAAUUGAGAUAUAGUGCAUAAUGUAAAAAGAAUCCUGCUGCACGGUAAUCAUCAUUCUUCUGCUGUCUUUUGCACGAAGCAGAGCUAGCUCUUCUCAUCCUUUUAUUGAGCCAUCAUUUUGAACGUGACACUAAGCGAUAGACGUUGCCAGGAAAGCCUUUUAAAUUGGAACGCUUUUUUGAGAACGGUGAUUUCAUUUUUGCGUUCAGGUGCCUCAUACAACUUGUGUGUAAGUGCCGUCUUCAGCAACAACUUGCUAUUCCUAUACUGAACGCGUACGAGUUAAAUGAAAGUGCUUUCGAGAAACGACAUUAGUUAAUUUUCCUUCCUUAAAGGCGCUCACGUUUUAUGCGCAUUGUAAUUUACGCCAUCCCGACAAGUCCGCGCGAGCUAACUGCAUAUUCAACGCAAUGCUUCAUGGACGUGAAUAUUGCUUCGCAUAUAAUUCAGUGCACAUGCCUAAGAACCACCUGUGAAAUGUAUGUUGGGUGCCAUUUUUCUAUGCCUUGCUUCCACCGAUGAUUCAAUAGAAUAAACAAAACACACAGCAUAAUUCGCUUAACGAAUAUUUGAAACAAAUAUACAACUAUAAUACGGCCAUGCCGCAUUCUUAGAGCCUGCUGUUGGUGUUGUUUGCUGGUGUAUCAUAGCAUCACUCGUUUCGCUUGCUUUAUUGUUGAUGCCUUGGAAGUGUUUUGCUGUAGACUUGAGCUAUUAAAGCUGUCGUGGUACGUAUUCGCAUUUUCAAA